GUACAUGUUUUCCCAGCGUUUAGCUUACUGUACGCCCAACAAUUGGCCCCGUUAGGCCGGGCGGCGGUGUGUGUCGCUCUCUUCGCUUACUAGACAAUUAAUUUGGUCAUUGAAGUAUAGCAAGAGCCCCAACAUGGCAGAUCUAGAGAGCCAGCUUCUGCAGGCUCUCAACGAGAAGGAAUGCAUCGCGGACUCGGGCGACUUCGCUAAGAGCCAGGGCGUGGACCACAUGGCUGUUGUGGGCGUCAUUCGCAGUCUGCAGGCCUCCGAGAUGAUUGUAGCGGAGGACAUCGAUCACUUCCGCUACGCACUGACGGAGGAGAGCCAGACCUACCUGACGGCGGGCUCGCCCGAGGCGCAGGUGUUCGCGGCGGUGGGCGCGGACGGCAUCAGCCUGGCCGAGCUCAAGGUCAAGGUGCCGGGCGAGGCGGGCGAUGUGGGCUUCAAGCAGGCCAUGCAGCAGAAGUGGCUGGCGCUGGACAAGAGCGCGGGCGAGCCGCGGGUGGUGCGCAAGGUGGACUCCAUUGUGGACUCCACGCAGGCGCUGCUGGCGGACAUCGCCGCCGGCAAGGAGGUGCCCAAGGCGGAUGCGGAGAACCUGGCCAAGAAGCGCAAGCUCAUCAAGCCCGAGCAGUGGAAGACGUACAAGCUGAGCAAGGGCCCCAAGUUCGCCCUGGAGCGCAAGAAGCCCGCCACCGACCUGACCUUCGACAUGCUGGCCAAGGGCACGUGGCGCACCCAGGAGUUCAAGGACUACAACUUCAACGCGCUUGGGGUGCUGCCCGCGGGCGGACACCUGCACCCGCUGCUCAAGGUGCGCACCCAGUUCCGCAAGAUCUUCACGCAGAUGGGCUUCGAGGAGAUGCCCACCAACCAGUACGUGGAGUCGUCCUUCUGGAACUUCGACGCGCUGUUCCAGCCGCAGCAGCACCCCGCCCGCGACGCGCACGACACCUUCUUCCUCACCAAGCCCGCAGCCACGCCCUCGGACCGCGGCGUGCCCGCAGACUACCUACAACGGGUGCAGUCCGUUCACGAGGUGGGCGGCUACGGCAGCGCCGGCUACGGCUACAGCUGGAAGCUGGCGGAGGCUGAGAAGAACCUGCUGCGCACGCACACCACCGCCGUGUCCAGCCGCAUGCUGUACCGCCUCGCCAACCAGCCCGGCGGAUUCAAGCCCGCCAAGUACUUCUCCAUCGACCGCGUGUUCCGCAAUGAGGCCGUGGACCGCACCCACUUGGCCGAGUUCCACCAGGUCGAGGGUCUGGUGUGCGACCGGGGGCUCACGCUGGGUGACCUGAUCGGCGUGCUGCAGCAGUUCUUCUCCCGCCUGGGCCUGAAGAAGCUGCGCUUCAAGCCGGCCUUCAACCCCUACACCGAGCCGUCCAUGGAGAUCUUCAGCUACUCGGAGCAGCUGGGCAAGUGGAUGGAGGUGGGCAACAGCGGCAUGUUCCGGCCGGAGAUGCUGCGGCCCAUGGGCCUGCCCGAGGACGUCAACGUCAUCGCCUGGGGCCUGUCGCUGGAGCGCCCCACCAUGAUUCUGUACGGCAUCGACAACAUCCGCGACCUGUUCGGGCACAAGGUGAGCCUGUCCAUGGUGCGCCGGAACCCCAUCUGCCGCCUGGGCCUGUGAGCGGAUUGCGCGGUGCCAGAGGCCGGGAUUUUGGGAGCUGAGUGGAAUGCCGGCGGGGUGUGCGGGCCAGCAGCGCUGCUGUGUUAUGCUGAGUGGACUGCCGGCGGGGUGUGCGGACCAGCAGCGCUGCUGGGUUGGGCUGAGUGGACUGCUGGCGGGGUGUGCGGGCGAGCGGCGCUGCUGGGUUGGGCUGAGAUAGAUAACUGCAGUUUGGUGGCGUGUGGCUGGAGGUGUUGGCGAUGGAGUCUGGGAGAACGAUAGCGGAUGGCGGCUGCGUGCAGAGAAGACCCGGAAUGGAGUGGAUGAGAGGCUGAUAGGGGCAGGCUUGGUGCCUGCAAAGCGAGAAAGCAGGCGUGGAGGUUGAUAGGGAUAGAAAUGUCACGCGGAGCCACAACGUGGCGACGUGCAGGACGCCAGGCACGACCGCACGAGUCGCAUGUACCUCUGGCGGAUGCGAGUUGCUAAUACCUGUGCUAGCCGCCGCCAAAAUUCCGUAAACGUGGAAA